AUGCCAUCAGUAAUAGAUUUCUUUCCACUCGAUUCUGAUGAAAUAUGGUCAUCCUCUCGCUCUCACAACAAUAUUUAUGAUUUAAACAAAAUAUUGGAGAUAAUGUACUUCCGAGACACGAGCUUGACUAAGGAAGCAUCAAGACAAUUAGAAUACUUUCUAAAUAUCAUGAUGUGGACAUUUAUUAUUGAUACUCCCAAACUUUUCAAGGUAAAAUUGGGAAAGGAGGAAUAUGUGCAAAUGUUGAGGAAAUUCUGUAUUGACAGACAUGUUGAAUUUUCUAAACAAUUUUUCAAUAAUCAAUUAUUUAUUGGACAUGAUGUUAAAUUGCUUGACGAUCAACAAUUGGCCACUAAAAAGGCUGAUGAUUCAUAUGACGGAGAAAAGAGGGUUAAACUGAGUGGUAAAUUUUCACUGCAUGACUAUUUUGACCAAUUGACUGAAAAAUACUUGCCAAAUGAAUUGAAAAUUUUUGCUGCCAAAGAGACACAAAAAAAUUUGACCUCCCUGAAAAGUGGUGAAAAUAUGAAACUCUUUGGUAUUAAUGAAAAAAAGAUGCAAGAUUUUGUUUUGAAAUAUUUUGAUUACUCUCCUUCAAUACUUAGAGAAGAUGAGCAAGAUGUGAAUUUAUAUUUCAAAGGUAUUGGUUCAAUAUUGGAUUAUUUGGCUGCAGAAAUACUUGAACUCUCAGGAAAUCAGGCUGUAGAUAUUAAUUCCCCAUGUAUUUCAUCUGGAAUCAUGCAUGCUGCAAUAGCUGCUGAUGAGGAAUUGAGAAUGACUGUUUUUUGUCACAUAGAUAUGAUUCCACUUGUUGACAUGACAUUAUUCUAUGGAUAUAAUCAAGAAUUACCGUCAAUUUGCAUCAACCAAAAGAUAGAUACAAUUGCCUUUUCUAAUAUUCCUAGUGAAGUACACAGUGUUAUUCUUGAACACUUCGAUUCACAGGAAAUUCUUUUACAGAUGAGAUUAGUCUGUAAGCAGUGGAAUCACUUCAUAAUGAAUAAUAAUUUGAUUUGGAAGAAUCUGACCCACAACUCAAUCAUAGCUGAAAAUAUUUUCAAAUAUUGUGAUUCUACUUUCACUCUUCAAGAAUUGGACCAGAUAUUAGAAAGAGGAAAAUAUGUCAAACCUUUGCAUAUCAAUCAACAAGUUAUUAAUUAUUUUUAUGACCAAAACGACUGGAAGAGUUUGUACUUUUUACUUGUUGGAAAACAUUUGAAAUUUAUGAGAGAUUUGGAAGAUAUGCACGAAGAAGAUAGGUUUGCCAAAUAUUUUCAAAAGCUAUUCAGAGGAAAUAAUGGAUAUUCUUCUUAUAAGGACCUAUUCUGCAAUUCUAAAAAAAACCUCCUAUUAGGUAUUGCAGGUACAAGAGACAUGCACAAAAAAUUCACAAAAUUCAAUCAAGAGCAAGUGGAGAAAACAGUAAUGAUUCCAAAAGAUCAAUUUGAAGUGUUCAGUAAGAUAGGAGAGAAUAUGUUUCUUGUUGCUCUUUUAGAUUUUUCUCAGUAUUCAAGUUUUAUUUCAUGUAGAAAAUUUCCAAAACGUGGCUUGCUUUAUUGUUUCUACAAUCGUGAAGAAAAUAGGCAAAUAUUCCAUUAUUUUGAUCAAUUGGAUUUGAAUUCUGAAACUUUGAUACCUUUCAAAUUGAGUGACAAAACUUUCAAACUACCAACUCCUUACUCUCCUCACAUUGUCAAACAGGAACAGCUUGUUGUUAACAUGGAUGCACCUUGUGAGAUAUUUUAUCUUCAAAAUCCUGCUUCUAAACGGUCUUUCUCCUCUUUGGUUCCCUGUUUUGAAUUCAGUUUCAACGAUGAGAGAGACCACAUUAAUUUGGAUAUUUACAAAGAUGAUAAGAUUGUUCUCUUUUCAAACACAUUUACAGAUUUUGAUGAGGCUAACAUAACACUAAGCAUUUCAAUAGCAUUAGCUGAUCUUGAAAAGAGAAAUUUCUCCCAAUCGCACAUAAUUUCCUAUGAAACUGGUCUGGAAAUCCUCUAG